AUGUCCGCCCCGCGAACCAAGCGGCCCUUCGCCGGCGCCGCCAGCGACCCGGCCCAGCGCCAGAUCACAUCCUUCUUCCGCCCCAGCUGCGGCGGCGAGGGCGACGGCGACGAGUCAGGCUAUCAGACCGCAGUCUCGCUCACCCCCGCCCAGGUCCAGGCCGACCUGCUCUGCGUCGGCAUGCGCAUCCGCAAGUCGGUGCCCGAGGGCUACAAGACGGGCUCCGACUGCGGCUCCUUCUCGCUCUGGUCCGACGCCGAUCCCAAGCAGGCGGCCAGCAGCAGACACCAGCAUCAACAGUCCUCGCGCGUGCCGUCCUCCGCGCGAGCCGCGGAGAAGCGCGAGCUCCUCCCCUUCUGCGGCAUCCACAAGGUCGGCGGCCUCGCCUCCCAGCCCGCCUUCGACAGCGCCGGGCCGGCCCUGUUCCCGCCGUCGGCGUUCGGGCCCUCCUCCUCCUCCUCCUCCUCGGCAGCGGCGGCGGCGGCGGCAGACGACGUCUCUGACAUGAACGACUGCCCCGGCCUGACCAGCAGCCAAGAGUCGGCCGCUUCCUUCGCCUCCGUCGACACGAUCGCCUCCGCCAACAACCUGCUUUCUUCAUCGUCAUCGUUGGCGCCGCCGCCGCAGCGCAAGCGCUUCUACGCCGAGGACGAGUCGGUCGAGAAGCCCGUCUCCCUGCGCGACGAGUGGCUCGACGGCGAGGUCAGCCCCCGGACGCUGGCGCCCGUGGGCUGGGACAACGGCCGCGUCAUGGCCGUGCCCCGGGGCCGGCGAGGUCUCCUCGGCCUCGGCGGAGCUGCUGCUGCCGGUGGUAGCCGCAAGGGAGCCCCCGCCGUCGUUGCCUCGCUGCCGCCCGCGCGCCUGACCGACCUGGGCCAGGAGAACCUCGACCUCGUCAUGGACGGCGAGAGCGACUUUGAGGAGGCCAGCUUCCUCGACUUCCGGACCUGGGGGGCGCCUCUACCGCGGGACAUGGAGAUGGGCGGCAUCUAA